CGGAGUUUCUCAACAAACACAAAGAGAACCUUGUUGCUGCGAUGGUCCUCGCGUCCACGUUUGACAAAAUGCUUGCUGCUGCGGAGACAGGGGGAUGCGACACGGCACCGAAAACUGCGAGUUCUUCGACUCGCGCUACCACUUGUGGGUCUUCACGCAUUCAGCACAGUCGACGUCGCAAUGCCAAGAUGGCGCGCGGCAUUUUCUUCUGUUCCAACAUCAUGGCAUGCUUCACAGUUAGAGCCGCGAUCAAUCCAAGUACAGCUCCGUCUCCCAUGGCUACAAUGUUUUCCAUAAGAAGAGGUGGCGAUCCGUCCUCUUCUUCUUCUUCUUCUUCAUCGCCAUCGCCGCGUCAUCAUGGCAGUGAUAAUGUUGUUGGCAAUGGUACCACGUCUGCCUCUGCUCCUCUCCUUUCGAAUGAUUUCCCUCUUGACCAACUACGCGCUGCGUCGGUCUCCUCGGUUGAAAUCAGUGAAACUGAGGCAGCGGCGCCUUCGGGAGCAAGGACACCCUUUGACGAUUUUGAGAUGGUCGAUGCACCGGUUGUGGAGGCUGAUGGAGUACUGCUGUUUUUUUUUAGCUUCUUAGCUUUAGGUUUCUCCGUUGAUGAUGAUGCUCUUGUUCCAAAUCCAAACGUGAUGUACUAGUAGUAGUAGUAGUAGUGUACCCAUUCGUGGGGUAUUGCAGCUAUGUGCUCCAUGUCCAUCGAGGACAAAAAGUACUGCAGUAUUGUACAUUGUAGCAACACGUCCAAAACAAAUUUUGCACACGAUUCUUUGUCUUUCCAACAUUACAGAACAAAACCCGUGUUGAAGAUUCUCACCUAGAAGUUUUUGAUGACGCUGAUGACACUACUUGGCAACGAGUUGACAGUCAUGGGUCGUCGUCGGACAAUAGGACAGCCUUGGUGUCUCAGCCUUUGGUGCUAUCGUUUUUGAAGAACGAAGCCGCAGGUGGAGGAAUGGGGACUACAUCAAAGGAGAAAGAUGAGGGAUCCGAACCGGAAGUUGGCCCUUACUAUUUUGUCACGAACGAUACGACCCCAAAGGAACUGGACUCUGAUGCUACUACGUUAAGGCAUACUUGAUGCAGAUCGUUAUCCCUUACUCGUCACCCUGCCCCUCUUGAUUUGUGAUUAUCACCUAAAGUGAAGACAUGAUAGAUUCAUGGCCAUUGGGUACUUAGCCUAUUAAUAAGUAGUUGCUUUUAUAAUUUGCUGUAAGAACUAAAACUACAAUAUGAAUAUAUGUCAAGAUAAUCAGCGAAAAACAAUUCAGUAUCACUUGUCUACUUCUCGCGGCUGAUUUCACCGUUGGUUGUGCCUUUUCAACCAGCUUCUAAUGCCACUUCCAGCUACAACUGCCACCUCUGGAGCAUCUUCAGCUUCUCCCCCCUCAGCCGGUCAGCGUAAUGUGGCUCAGUACAGUGCGGACAAGCUGAAAAACCUCCUACGGAAAUGCCAGCAAGUGACGAAGAGAAGAGGAGUGAUCAAGCCUCGUCAAAGUAUAGGGGCUGCAACAUUUUUAAGGACGAAUCAACCACGAAGUAGUACUACGGCGUCACCUUCAGAAGAAGCAAAUGUUCAUCGUCCUGGAGAAGUAGACCUUUACAAUUGCAGUGAGCAGUUUAACCUCCCUGCUACUGAUGGUCAUGGACAUGGUUCUGAAGCAGGAAGAUCAUGUCAAAGCGGACAAUUGGAGCGGGUCUGUGGUCAAAUCGAUUUCUACAUGCAAGAUGAAAUAGCAGACCAAGAAAUUCUUGUUGGAGCAGAUAAUUGUCCUCUUCAGAAGAAUGACAUGGAAGUGGAACAAGAUGAGAUGACCAAGGAAGUGGAAAUGAAACAUCAACAGACAUCUUCAGAAGAUGGAAAGACGAAAGGAUCCAGUGUCUCCUUCUCCACGACGACUACUAGUAAACGAAGUCUAUCGACGUUGUCCGAACUACAAAAUCUUCAGAGCAACUACGACAAUAUUUCUACAAUCGACCUUGCACGUAUACUCGAGGUCGAAUUGUCAGAUGUGAGGAAGCUGUUGAAGCCGAGAUGCGAUGGAGAGAAGUCCACUAGUGACAUCCAGUCCACUAGGCGAGUACUGAUGAAUCUGCAGUCGGGUACCUUGGCGGUUGAGGCUAUCUUAAACGGCCAAGGAGAAGACGAAGGGCUGGAACCAGAAGAGGUAUUUUUCUAAAUUUGCCACUUUUUUCUAUGAUUGUCCGUAAAGCAGCUUGUGACUGUGAGUACGAAAUGCCGUUGUUCCCAAGUGCAGGUAGGGAGUAUCCACCAUUUGCUUUUUUGAGCUAUCUUCAGAAGCUCAACCACUCUUUCGGGCGAGCUUCAGCGUUAAAAAAUACCUCCCAAUUUGCAGGGGGGGAGUAUGCACAAUUUCCCUUUUUGAGACAUAAUCAUCAAUUAAACCACUACGCCGUUUACAACUUCCUUCAUCAAUUUAUUAACCACUGCCAUUCGCAUUCACAACUUCCUGUUCCUUCGUCAGAAAUACCGUUCACUCAUCAGAAACAGAAAUAGUGUUCACAACUUCCUUGAUCAGUUAUCUGCCCAAGUGGAGAUGCGUGCCAGCAUCGUGCGUGCCUUGAAGGCACUGCUUGUGUGGCGUGCGGAACUGGAAAAAGGAGGUCGAGAUGGAUCCUCAAAGAUGAAUAUCCUCAAGCUAAGCUGGAAAAGGUCGAAAAAAGGAGUAUCUUCGACAGGGUCUUCUGCAUCAUCUUCUGGUAGUGUUGGUGCUAGCUCCUCUAGUGGUAAUGCUAGUAGUUCCUCGACAUCAACACCUACUGUGGGAGGUCGUGGUGCCUCCAGUAAAAGUUCAGCUUCUGCUUCAUCUACACAUGACUACAUCUACAACAGCUCAUGUGGCACUAAUGCAGAUACCACUACAAAUACGGAUACUACUGCUACUGGUACUAGUACGAGUGUCGGCACGGAUACUGAUGGUACUUCUGGUGAUUCAUUCGUCAAGACUCAUGCUGAUGCUCUGACAAGUUUCGCCCUUGCAGUAGAACGCGCUACAGGCAAGAAGACGAAGCUGCAGCACUGCACUGCUAUUCGCGGAGAGGAUGAACAAGAGCAUACACAUGAUCAUGACACUACCAUUCGCGAGGAACAAGUAGACGGAGAUCAUGAUGACAACGAACUACAUCCAGCUCACAUUGAUAAAACAACGACUAUUCAGGAAGACACGUCGACUUCUGCUUCGGCCACAGACACCAAAAACACCAAGGAUGCGCACACAAAGAACACCCAUCAACACGACCAAGAUGAAGAGACAAUCCUGACUGCAGCCCUACAGCAUGAUGCUUAUUCUUAUGGCAUACGGGAGGAAUCGAUUGAGGCAUACUAUGGCCAGCACUGGGAAGAAGAGAAUCUCUCUCCUUCAGCUUCGCCGGAGGAUGCGAACAAGGAGAAUCAGAGGGAGGACGGGUAAGUAGAUGUGAUUAUAGAAAUUUUUCCAUCAUCUUCUGCUUGGUUCAUCAAUAUUCUUGUUGAUUGGUUUCGGAGCAUUUGAAGAUGUUGAUGUUUUAUUUAAUCAUUCUACAAAUCUGUAUCAAACCCUACUUUAUACAGGAACGCCGUGACGCCGUGAGGGCACCAGCCGACGCCAUCGAAGUGAGGAGAAUGAUAUGGAAAACAUUGAGUAAAAGGUGGUACUGUUUCCACCUUUAGAUGGAAAUCUAAGGAACCACAACCAAACCUAUGAAAUAACAGAUGAAAAGGAAAACACGUGGUAAGAAAAAAAUAAUAUUGUUACAUUUGCGCUCCACCCAUAAUAUUGUUCCAUUUGCGAAAAAGAGGAAUAGGAAAAGAUGAGUAUCAUGACCUUCAACCAACCACCCGAAGGGUUAUAAAUCUGAAGUAGAUCAUUUUCAUUUAUUACUUUUAGACAUUCAUUUCCAACCUCCUGACCAUGCCCAUACACAAAGACUUGCUCUGACCACGAUGUGAAUUGACCCUUCAUUUUCUUCACUUCUCGCCCUCAUACCAAAACAGUCUUCACUGCGAAACCAGACUUCUUCGGAUUGACCCUGAAAAAACUCACAUAAGCAGAUGUCCAUAACCAUAUGAUCAAUCGAAAAAUCAGCCUACUUAAUAUGAUCCCUAAAACAAUAAUUACGAGAAAAUCAAAUUUUUACUUAAAGUAUUUAUUUGGUGUAUGUGCGACUUGGCGUGCAACGGCCUAGUACUUGUUUAUGUUGUUAUCCUCAUCGAGAUGACUGAUAGCAGCAAACUGCUCGCUGCAAAAAAAUAUAACAUUGAUGGUUCUUGACCAACGAAAACAUGAUGAACUCUUUUUGGAACCCACAUCAAUGCAUGUGCUGGCUCCAUAAGAAGCAUCGAGACAAAUUGAAUUUGAAACAGCUUAAGAAAAAUACCUGAAAAACCACUAUGACGCAUGCUUCAUAUUAAUACAUGUGUUGUACUCCACUAAAAAGAAUAUCCCCAGAACCUACUGGAUUCCGAUUCCAUAGUCUUGUUGUUAGAAAUAACAGUCGUGAUAUGUUGAUUGCUGGUGCGUCGAACGAUUCGAAAAAUUUGUAAUUUUGUAAUAUGUAAUGUGAUAUAGAUAUGUGAUUGUGUAAGUGAGCUGAAUCUAUCUGUUCCUGUUGAAAAGAAUAAGUAGCUGCAUCUUCUCCUACUAUAUACCAUUUGAUUUUUUGUUUUCCUCCAGUUAGUAUGGAGCCUGAUCCAAAAGAGAUUGAUCCCUCACCCACCUGAGAAAAACAUGUCAACGUUCGUGUCAAAGAACUUAGACUUUACUAUUUCCAUGCUCACAUCAACAAAAAA